UUUAUGAACAGAGGAUGGAUUGCAGAGCUGUCUCAACAUGACAUCGGUGGCUCCCCUGCUGGCUUCACUGAAUCAAAGGAAAUGCUUAUUGAAUUUGAACAACAUGGGGAGCCAUAACAAAUGAAAAAAUAAAGCCAUAGGUUACUUAUUUCCAGACACAUCUAUAUUCUAUUACAUUUAAGACUAUUUCCAUUAAGCAACCACUAAGAUGGGAGUGCAUAUCAUCUAGACUAGUUGGAAAAGUCUAAAAACAAUUACUGCACUUUGUACUGUUGUGACAAUAACACUAUGAGAGUCAGCUGUGCAGUAUGACUCAUCAGGGACUUUCCCAAUGAGAAACACAAUAGGAGCUGCGAUUCCUGCAUUUCAUUUAUUUAACAUUAUAUCGAGCCUAGUUAGCGAAAACAUUGUUGUGACACGAUGGACAACACAAGUGAAGCUAUUAGAUAACGUUAAAUUAGCAAAGAGAUAUCAGGCAGCUGACACGGGCUCACUUUGUUGGGAUCUCUGACAUGGUGGUUUAGAGAUAAAGCAUGUGUUUGUGGCGACGGAGAGCAAAACGAAAGUUGGACAUGACUCCUGCCUGUCUGUCAAUCACAACAACAGCGCGUGUACUGCUGACGGAGGAGUGACUGAUUUUGGGGCAGGCCAGUGUGGAAGCAAACCUCGCCUAUCAUCAGCCAGACAAGACAACAAUGCAUGAAAGAAACUGGCAUCCACAUUGACAGACAGUCCUGCAACCCAACCUUGACAUAACUGUAGACGUGUUUUUUUCUCUUUAAUAUAUAUAUAAAUUCGGUUCUGGGGGGCUGGCUUUGCCCUUACAGGUCCGAGGCGGGGCUGUUGUACACUUAAACCGCUAUCCCCGCUGGUACUUGUAGUGCGCUGCUCCUCGGCAUGUUUCAUGUUGACAUGCGUAAAAAACUACACUUCCCCAAAGCUGUCACAGAGCGCUCCCGCCUCCCAUUGGCUGGUCGCUCCAGCCGCAGCCCCAGAGAAUGAAUGAAAUUGAAAUAGCUGCUACAUUACAUGUACAAUACCGGGCUCUGCAGUGUUGCAUUCUAUCAUACUAUAUCAAAAUGGCCACAGCGGUACAGAACCCCCUCAAAUCGCAAUCUGGAGGCGCAGUCAUCAAGAACAGUCUUGGUGAGGAGUUCUACAAGGAGGCCAUUGAACACUGUCGCAGCUACAAUGCCCGUCUGUGUGCCGAGCGCUCCAUGCGUCUCCCCUUCUUGGACUCCCAGACCGGUGUGGCUCAGAGCAACUGUUACAUCUGGAUGGAGAAGAACCACCGUGGGCCAGGUCAUGCUCCAGGUCAGUUGUACACAUAUCCCGCUCGCUGCUGGCGCAAGAAGAGACGGCUAAACAUCCUGGAGGACCCGCGGCUUGUACCGAUUGAGUUCAAGAUCGACUACGAGGCCUCUCUAAAGAAGGAAGGGGGUAUCCCAGACGGUCCUGUGUUGGAAUCGCUGCUUGCCGGGGAAACCCUGGACAAGAAGGUAGAAACCAAGGAAGAAGAGCCAAUGAGCGAGUGUCAGAAGUUGCUGGUGGGGGAUUUCCCUCAUGAGCUGGAUGUGGACGAGAUGGAGGAAGAUGUCCCGAAGCGCAAGAACCGUACCAAAGCACGGGCCUACGGUGUCGGAGGCAUGAGGAAGCGACAAGAGCCACCCGCCAUCGAAGACAGAGACAAGCCUUACGUCUGUGACAUCUGUGGAAAGCGCUAUAAGAACCGCCCAGGGCUGAGUUACCAUUACACUCACACACACCUGGCAGAUGAAGAGGGUGAAGAAGACUCAGAGCGACACACGCUACCCUUCCAGCGCAAGAACAACCACAAGCCCAAGAAAGCACCGGAUGGCUCAGUGAUCGCCAACGGCUACUGCGACUUCUGCCUCGGAGGCUCAAAGAAGACCGGCUGUCCUGAAGACCUUAUCUCCUGUGCGGACUGUGGACGCUCAGGCCACCCGUCCUGUCUGCAGUUCACAGUGAACAUGACGGCCGCGGUGAGGACUUAUCGCUGGCAGUGCAUCGAGUGCAAGUCCUGCAGUCUGUGUGGCACCUCUGAGAAUGACGACCAGCUGUUGUUCUGCGAUGAUUGUGACAGAGGCUACCACAUGUACUGUCUGAGCCCUCCCAUGUCUGAACCACCAGAGGGGAGCUGGAGCUGUCAUCUGUGUCUGAGACAACUGAAGGAGAAGGCCUCAGCCUACAUCACCCUCACUUAAUCUGCGUAGCUGCGCCUCAUCCUCUCGGCCCUUCAUCCUCUCCCAAACCAUCUCUUCGUCCACCCCUCUUUGUGCCUCUGCUGCACCCCCCCACCCCCCCCACCUCCUCUGAUCUACCCGCCGCCACUUCUUCUACAAACCGUCCCCGUGAACUUUGACACGACUGAGCACACAGCACCCACAACACCGCAACCAUUCUUGAACGUCUCUUCAGCUGCGAGGCAACCUUCGUCCUUUUGUGUCACUCACACGUCCCUGCUGUGCUUGACCUGAACCCCCCCCCCCCCCCACUCCCCAUCCUUGUCUGUCUCAACAGAGGAAUUCAUCAGCUGGCAAUAAGUUUGCUAGCACGACACACACUCCAGCCUGCCAAGGGCACUUCAGAGGCAUACUACUCCACAAGAACCCUCUUAAGGGCCCUCAGAAGAGCCCUAAUGAUCUUCAGCUGCAACUCAGUCAAGUAGUGAGUGAGAAUUAAUAAGAUGGAUAGGUGUUAGGUGGAGGACAGGGCUAGGAAGACCCUGGAUAACCAUGAAGCAGUAUGCCUCAGUGUUAGCCAACUGUGAAAUAUACACUUCUUCUGUCCUUUACUGUGUGUGGUGGAGCUGAGACGUUGAACUGAGACGUUGAACUCUGCCUCUUUAUUUGUCUGCAGGGGCUUGCUGCCUGUUGCAGUUUCAAAGGGGAAUGAAUUGUACAGAAUUCAGACUGAUUCUCUAUCUACACACUCUUGAAAACAAUGAGCAUCUGGUCAGGAACCCAAACCAUCUUCGACCUCACCCUGUCCUCUCUCCUUGCAUGGGGUUUCCACAAAUCAGUGACAGUUUGGGAUUGACACUGAAGGUUUUAGUGUUCGGAUGUCAUCCUCGGAUGAAAGGAGAGUUGGAUUUUCUCUAAUCAGCUAUCUCUGAUCAAACAAUGUAUUUAAAAAUGACAAUUUAGGCUUAGCAUCUCUCUCACAAAUCCUUUACCUGACCUUUAUCCACCCUUCCCCUCUAUAAAACUGACUGUGAAGCCAAUGUGAGACUGAAACACUCCUGGUGCUUGGUGUGUAUUAUCUGUGUGAUAAGAAUGUAGGAUUGAUGUGUGGACAAUGCAGAUGUUUGUCUGGCCCAUGCCAAGGCCUAAAAACUUCUUUUUUUAUGAUUCCCUUUUUAAAUUGUUUUUUCAUUUGCAUGUCAUUAUUCCAAUUGUUUUUAGAAGACUUUUAAUUGAAAUCGAAAAAAAAGCACACUUAAUUCGCAAUAAUGUGUUUGUGAUAUGAACUGUUUUGGCCAAACUGGGUGUGUUUUAAACUCUGUGUGUGCCCGUGGCUCUGUUUGUGUGUGUGUGUGUGUGUGUGUGUGUGUGUGUGCAUGUGCGUGCAUGUGCGUGUGCGUGCGUGUGUGUGUGCACUACAGUAAUUGUAGCCAGCUAGGUGGAAUCUGUGAGAGGAGCUGAGUAGCAGGAAGGUAACGUGAAUGUAUGUAAAGUCAGCAUUUUCGUGUUCAGGCAUUUUGUCUGACAGUGAUGAGGUUGGGACAAAGUCACUGUUUUGCAAGUCACAAGUAAGACUCAAGUCUUGUUACUGAAGUCCUAAAUCACAACAAAAUUCUGUUGUACUAAGUUUGAAGUCCUAAGAUGUCAUUGUGACCUUUUCACCAAAUGUAAUGCCAAUUAAAAUCUUUAACAACACUGUAAAGAUCCAUAAUAACAGGACUUCAACCAACUAGUCAACUAGAUAGUCAACAUAAUAAGUAUACUUAUUAUGUAAAGACACUGUUUUUUGUCCCUUUCUUCUUCAAGUCUUUCAUUUUACUACAUAACAUUCAGGACACCAAAUCUUUGAUAAAUACCAUCAUAGCACACUGACUGUGUUGAGGGUCAUUGAUUUUAUGUUAGCAGAGAUGCUAAGCUUCUUCUUACUGUAGCUUGAAGCGAUACUGCACCUAAAAUAUGUCCUUAUGAUCAGAUACUCAACACCUUUAGUCUUGAAAAGUGGCGUUUAAAAGACACUAAACUACUCCUGUAACUUUAUCCACUUCUUCACCUUCUGUAUGUGUGCUCAUUCUGAUGUCAACAGUUGCAGCUGUAGUUUCACCAAAAUAUGGAUGCUGCUGUUUGACACUCGAGUCACAUACAGAGGCUUUAGCUUUAUUAACAUGUUUUUAAAAUCUUGAGGCUUGGUGUCAAAAGACUAAAGUUCAAGUGAGGUCACAAGCCGCUGAUGUUAGCGGCAAGUUAAAUUUGAUUUUGUCGUGUCCAAAGUCAUUAGAUUCAUGUGUUGGAGUCUGACUCUAAUCUAAGUCCACAUCUCUGAGCCUGUUUGUUUCUCUCAGACUUAAACAAGCUGUUCUUAUCACCUUUGUGCCGUGCAAAAUAUGAGGCCAUCUGUUUUGUGAAAGUGAAACAUUGGUAAGAGAAAAUGCUGUUAAAAUUCUGCUACCUGCCAGUCUGCUCUGCACGCUAGAAGCCAGUAUAAUAAAUAAGCACUUGAAGACCAAGCUGAAAUUUUAUGAACAAGUGGUUCAUAAGAGAUGAAUCCAGCCAGCCAGCAUGUAUUUUUGUGAGCUUGCACUGAACAAAAAAAGAUUCUUUUAAUCCAAAGGCCCAGUAUCCUCAACCAGUUGAACUGGACGAGUCAAGGGGACUCUAAUAGGCACAUUACUAAAAAGUUGCAGUGCAGGUGCUGAUUUUGGAAGAUGAUUUUUCAAUAGUUUGUUUACAGAGAAGGCAUCCAUGCAAUGAUCUGUGAGCUUUAAGCUUGGAGAUAAUAGCUGUAAAUAGGUAAUUGAAGGGCAACAAAUUGCCUUUUCAUACCAGUUUUCAUGGGCACAUAUGAAAGUAUGAUUAGUUGAUGUUGGUUUGAAUGACCAUCUCAUUAUAAUGCUGCAUCAUGUCUCGAAGAGGAACUGGUAACAUCAGAUGGCUUGUGAGAAUGUACCUGAGGUGUAAUUGUGUUUGCCAUCUGAUAGAGAAAGACAUGAGGUGCAAAUACUGUGCCGCCCCCCCCCCCCUCCCCAAUUCAGUGCAAAUCCACUGAUGCAUGAAUGACACCUGAAAUGUUUCCAAUUUCAUAUUUUGAUAUUGUCUGUAUUGCUUUUUUUUUCUUUAAAUAACGACAAGAGAUAACUUCUGUUCAUUUCCUGUUUGUUUCCUUGUUCGGUUUUGUAGUCUGUGUUUUUUCACAUUUUGCACAGCGAGGCUGCAUUUGCUCUUUGGGUGUGUUGUGCCUGUGUGGGUGUGCGUCUGUAUGUGCGUGUUUUAAUCACUUAUGAUUACAGGAAGGUCAGAGAAAGGCAAAAUGAACCAAAAUUGUUAUAGUUAUUAUUAUUCUGCAGACUUUUUUUUUCUCAUUGGAAACACUUGCAUGGCACAGCACUGCUAAAGGAUUGUAAAGUUGAAUACAGAUUACAACAAUAGGUGUACUUGAGCACUUGGAUAAUGAAGUAUGCUGUUUCAUUUUACAAUGUUUCAAAUCAGUGUUAUAUUUGACAACAAAACCAUUAGUGUCCAAUCAAAAAUGUAUUAUUUCCAUUGAUCGAUAAGAAGUAAUAUCUAGAUUUGUAGACGUGUGUUUGAGUGGAAAUAGUUUGAUGAUUAUGAUAUGGAUGUUGAUGAUGAUUGUUAGAUUGAAUAAUAUCAGAGUAACAGAUAUGUUUGUAUUCUGAAUGGAUGAUGAUAAUGAUGUCGACGAUGACUGAAAAGCCUUUAAACUGGAAGCUUUCGUGGCACUUAAUAGGAGAAGCAUGGUGGGGUCAAACCAACUCUGAUUGUACUAUGUGGGGCGGGUGGGGAAGCUAUGUUGGGGUCUUGGAAGGGUGGAUAUCAGUGUGAUUGUUCAAUGAAACUUGAUUCUCCUCUUUGUACAA